AUGAGCGUGGUAUUCUCGACCCCAAGCACGAUCUCAUCUCCGGGUCUCCCGGCCAGCGCCGCACUGAACCGCAGAUGCACCGAGCCCGCGAAGUUCGUCUUCCCAACGACCGUCGCCCUCCACCGCAAAUACCUCCCCAUCCGUCCAUCUGAUCCUCGCAAUCCUUCCACAACCCCCAGAUCGACAUGCUGCCCCUGGUUCAAAAAUGCAGAAACACCCACCUCAUUCGGCCCCCUCUCCCCCCAAACCAGGGUAUACAUCCACGGCAAACGCAAAGAGAGAACGCCCAAUCCGACGCGCCACAAAGGUCAACCCGUCCGGCGCCGCAAAGUCCUCCUCACCCGUCAAAUUCGCCCUACUAGCGCCCAAUCGCAGCGCAUUCGCCUUUCCCCCGGCACCAACAGCAUAAACCCCAAAUCAACCGGCGCACGCCAAUGCACCCAGUGCCGCGGCAAGCUACAGCCGGCCACGAAAUCCACAACCCUCAGCACCAGCAACACAAACCCACCUUCCCCACGCACAUCCAGAGAAGCAGGCGGCAAGGGCCCAGAUAUCCGCCCGCGCACCGGCCCCUCCUUCACAACAGGCCACCCGCCCUCCGCACAGUCCACAGGGAAGAGUACCGUCUCGCGGCCCUUCGGGUUAGUAGACUGGUUAUACAGCGCGGGCCCACCGCGCGUCGCCAGCGCCACGCCCCACCAGUUCCCGUCGGCAUCAGGGAAUAGGUCCGCGUGCCCGACUGUCUGCAAAUAG